AUGUCUCUGCGGCCUCGAUGGAGUGCUCAUUUGGCUCUCUGUGUCCUUGGAUUCGCUUCACACAUCGAUGAGGGCAGCCCCAUCAUCGGCAUGUUCUCGCUACCAGCAGAUCCGCAAUCCUGUGGCUCGUCUUCCUCUUGCGAGGCCUUGCCAGCAUCAUAUGUGCGGUUCAUCGAGUCGGCUGGUGGGGAGGUUGUGCCAGUGAGGUCCACCACAAGCGAUAUGGCUGAGCUCCUGCACUCACUGAACGGUUUCUUGUUCACAGGAGGGCAGGACCUGGAUCCUCCGCCGGCAGCGCUUCGUGUGCUGGAGCACUCCAGACGGAUGUUCGAGGCUGACCAGACGUUUCCAGUCUGGGGAACCUGCUUGGGCUUCGAGUGGCUAGUUGCGGCCAUGUCGCCGAAAAGCCUGACUCCCACGUUCAGGGCCGAGAACGUGAACCUCCCCGUCCACCUGCUGCCAGACGCUGCCACGUCACGCCUCUUUGCACAGGCUCCGACCAGGGUGCUCAAGGCUCUAGAGUUUCAGAACGUGGCUUUCAACUCGCACCACCGGGGUGUGUCGCCAGCAGAGUUCUUGCGGCCUGAGUUGAAGGACCUGAAGGUUCUGGGCACGAGUUUCGACGAGGAUGGCCAGGAGUUCGCCAGUGUGAUCGAGGGUGCCGCGGGCUUGCCCUGGUUUGGCGUGCAGUUCCAUCCGGAGAAGAAUGCUUUCGAACAUGGAUUGCUCCCUGAUGGCCAGCCAGCGACGGCAGCGAAACAUGGGCCAGAUGCCAUCGCCACAACACAAUUCUUUGCUAACUUCUUUGUGCAGCAGGCGCGCUUGAGUUCCCAGAGCUUCAAAUCUGAAGCGGAAGAGGCCAGCCGGCUCAUCUACGGGCACCAAACCUCUCGAGUUUUUCAACCUUACUUUGACGAGGCACGUGUACAUUACAUAUUACAGAUGCUCAGAAUCUGUGAAGCAAGCCAGAGAGUGAGAGACAGCGAGAGACACGCUGCUGCGGUUUUGAGGGACCAGUCGCUGUUUCCUCGGCAAAGGCCAACUUGA